UUGAUGAGAAAACACACAAAUGGCAAGGACCUUGUGCGACCUGGAGUGACACGAUUUGCUAGCCACUUCAUCACUUUGCAGAGCAUUCUUAGUGCCAUUCCUCAUCUUAAGCAAAUGUUUGUGUCAGAUGCUUGGUUGGGGUCUGCAUACUCCAAAAGACCUGAAGCAGAGAAGAUUGUGACCAUUGUUUUUGAUGAAGGGUUCAAUAAAAGUGGAGAGGAGUUGACUGCGGUGACAGAACCUUUGGUGAGGGUUCUUCGUAUGGUGGAUGGAGAGGGCAUGCCAAUGGGUUUCAUUUAUGAGGCCAUGGAUAGGGCCAAAGAGGCCAUUUCACAUUACUAUCCUGGAAAUGCAAGAAAAUGUGAAAUCUUUUGGCGCAUCAUUGAUCGUAGGUGGACAAACCAACUCCACCAACCGAUACAUGCCUUCGCCUACUUUUUGAACCCGAAAUUCUACUUCUCUGAUUCAUUUAGGGCUGAUGAGGAGGUCAUGGCAGGUGUUAUUACAUGCAUUGAUAAGAUGACACCUGAUCCUGAGUUGAGAGACAAGGUUCUUGAUGAGUUGGAGAUCUACAAAAGUGCAGAGGGGAGACUCUUCUCAUCACAACUAGCAAUUGAUAGGAGAGGAAAACAACAACCAGAUUUAUGGUGGGAGAAUUAUGGUGCCGGCACGCCUAAUCUUCAAAAGAUAGCUAUCCGUGUUUUGUCUCAGCCAUGCAGUGCUUCUGGGUGUGAACGAAAUUGGAGUGUCUUUGAAAGCAUUCACACAAAGAAGAGAAAUAGAUUGUCACAAAAGCGGCUCAAUGAUCUAGUAUUUGUUCGGUACAACCUUCGCCUUCGAGUUAGACAGGUGGAGGGUGUUUCACAUGAGGCCAUUGACUUGGAUGAAAUUGAUCCAUAUGGUGAUUGGACCAUGAAUAAACAAAAUGAUGGUGAUGAUGUCCUCCUUACCGAAGAAGAAAUUGCAGAAAUAGAGAGAGGAGCAGCACAAGAUGCAGAAGGAGCAAGAUUGGAUGAAGAUGAGGACGAAGAUGAGGAUGAUGAUGAGGACUAUGACUUUGAAGAAGAAUCAUCUCACCAUUUAGAUACCACAACACCCACUGCUACUACUUCUAGCUCAAGGCCUGAAAAAUUGAGCUAUAUUAGGAAAAAUACAAAGAGGAAGAUGUAGUCUUCUCUUUGGUUUGUUCAUUCACAUUGCUGUUUUUCACAUUUGCAGUUGGACUUGGACAUAUCAUUAUAUGUAAUUUUGUGAACAUUUAUAUACUUAUGCUGCCAUUAUAGUAUUAUACAUUUUAGAGUUGAAACUUGAAACUU